AUGUUGAUUGGUGCUGAAUUCUAUCAUACUCUACUUCAACCAGAACAAUUGAUAAUAGGAAAGAAUUCGCCACUGUUACAAAAUUCGGUUCUAGGUUGGUUGGUGGUUGGUAAGACUAAAACUACAACAGAUAUUAAACCAACAUGCGCUAUUACUACAGGAGAGGUUGGUGAAAUGUCAGAAAUGAUAGAACGAUUUUGGAAGUUAGAUAACAUUGAGACUGCAGAAAGGGUUUUGACUUUAUCUGAGAAAUGGUGUGAAAAUCACUUUACAAAUCAUGUAAAGACAAAUCGCGAUGGCCGUUUCAUUGUACGCUUACCUUUCCGCGAUGAUCCCACAACACUUGGUAGAUCGCGUGAGAUAGCAUUCAAUCGAUUUUGUUCUCUGGAAAGGAAGUUACAAAGGGACCCAAAUUUAUACAAGGAGUACAUAAAGUUCAUGGAUGACUACGAGUCAUUAGGUCACAUGGAAAAGGUUUGCCCGAAAGAUGUCAAAGGAGCACAAUAUUUCAUUCCUCAUCAUUGUGUCUUGAAACCUGACAGCACUACAACCAAAUUGAGAGUUGUCUUUGAUGCAUCAGCAAAAACAUCAAGCGGUUUAGCACUAAAUGAUAUUUUGCACAAAGGUCCAACAGUGCAAAGUGACCUUUUUUCAAUACUGUUGCGUUUUAGAAUACACCGGUUUGUAUUUACGGCCGAUAUUGAGAAAAUGUACCGGCAAAUUCAAGUACAUGAUGAAGAUACAGCACAGCAGCUGAUAAUCUGGAGAAAAAGUGCUGAUGAUAGUAUACAAUAUUACCGACUGAAAACGGUUACAUAUGGAACAAAGUCAGCCCCUUAUCUUGCAACAAAAUGUCUUCAACACCUUGCGAAACAUUGCCAUAUGAUGCUAAACACCCAAUGGUAA